GAAGAGAAAGGAAGCAUUUCUCAAGGAACUGUUCGCAAGAAAGCACUUGCCCGCUCCGCAGCUACCCCGCCGGCUUCGUCUACAUCUUCCUGGGCCUCUACUACGCCACGGGCCGCGGCAGCGACGUGCGCCUGGCGCAGUACCUCUUUGCUGGCCUCUACCUCCUGCACCUGCUGCUCGUCUUCCGCAUCUACUGCCGAACCAACAAGGUCCCCCCGUACGUUUUCUUCUUCAUGUGCUGUGCCUCCUACCGCAUCCACUCCAUCUUCGUCCUGCGGCUCUUCAACGACACUGUCGCCAUGGCCAUCCUCUUCCUCGCCAUCAACCUCUUCCUGGACGAGCGCUGGUCCUGGGGCUGCCUCAUCUUCAGCCUGGCCGUGUCGGUGAAGAUGAACAUCCUGCUCUUCGCGCCCGGACUUCUCUUCCUCCUCCUCAAGCGUUUCGGUCUCCUGGGCUGCAUCCCCAAGCUCUGCAUCUGUGCCCUGCUCCAGGUUCUGCUGGGGCUGCCCUUCCUGUUGGUUAACCCGGUGGGGUACCUCAGCCGCUCCUUCGACCUGGGCCGCCAGUUCCAGUUCAAAUGGACGGUGAACUGGCGCUUCCUGCCCGAAGAGGUUUUCCAGCAUCGCGCUUUCCACACCACGCUGCUCCUGCCUCACCUGGCUGGCCUGGGGCUCUUUGCCCUGCAUCUCUGGCACAGGUCCAGAGAGAGCAUCCUGACCCUGCUAAAGGAUCCUGCCGAAAGAAAACCCCCGUCCCCUCCCUUGUCCGCCAACAAGAUCGUCUUCGUGCUCUUCUCCUCCAACUUCCUGGGGGUCUGCUGCAGCCGCUCGCUGCACUACCAGUUCUACGUGUGGUACUUCCACACGCUGCCCUACCUGCUGUGGUGCACGCCGACCGCCAAGCUCGCCCACAUGCCCAAGGUGCUGCUGCUGGGCGUCAUCGAGCUCUGCUGGAACACGUACCCCUCCACGGCGUGCAGCUCCCUCUCGCUGCACGUGUGCCACGGCCUCGUCCUGCUCCAGCUCUGGCUCGGCACGAUGGAGGCGGUGGCAGGUGCCUGGGGACAGGUGGCCUUACCUGGUGUCAGAGCCGAAACCUUCACAGGGGGAGCGGCCGUCCCCAGCGCGACCAUCGGGCUGGGGUAA